AUGGGGAGGGCCGUCGACACUCGUGCCCAGAGCCCACAGGCGAGCACAAUCCAGCUUGCCGCUGCAGCAUGGAGCACGGUCAACAUCAUUUUGGGGGCCGCCGGCCACUGUAGCGACGGCAAGCCAGGCGUUGGCACGGGCAAGUCAUCGGCCCCAACUGGUCUCAGCAUGCCAGGCCGAGUCAUCCAGGCCAAGAUGGGAAUGAAACGAGACGGGCGACAGGCUCGCCGGCCAGUCUCAUGGUGA